GUGAACGGGAAAAGCUGUAGCAAUUUCACGGACAAGGACGAGUACUCGAGAUUCUCCACGAAAUGUACAGGAGAUAGAAAAACAUGCAUGUAGAAAUCUCGGUAAUCCGGCCAUUUGAUAAUCCGAUACGUCCAGUAAUCCGGCUGUAUUGACCUAUACGUAUCAAUAUAUAUUUAUUUAUAAAUUUACUAUUGUAAACGAUAAACCGUCAGAUAAAACUAAGUGACAGCAGAUUAAAUUCGAACAAACCUAUUAGAUAUUUUGUUUUUAUUCAGUUAACGUUGAAGUGUUGUGUAUGUUCAUUAUGUAUCGGUUAAAUAUUGUGUUGUAUUAGGUAUGUAAUAAAAUGUCGCAACAACGAAAAAGAAAACAUAUUACUUUAACUUUAGUUGAGAAACUAGAAAUUUUAAAUAAAUUAGAAAAUGGUGACAAAUUAUUAAACCUUGCUAACGAAUUUGGAGUAGGCCGUACUACAAUAUAUGAUAUAAGAAAAAAUAGCGAAAAAAUAAAAUCUUUUUUCAAAAAUAACAAAAGUUUGAAAAGUAUGCGUAAAACAUUAAAAACUGGUGAGUUUCCUGAAAUCGAAGAUGCCUUGUAUUUAUGGUUUCUGCAAGAACGUAAUCGACAAACACCUAUUUCUGGCGAAAUUUUGAAAGAGAAAGCUAAGUAUUUUUAUAAAAAAAUCACACACAAAAAUGAUUUUCAAGCUAGUGACGGUUGGCUAGAUAAAUUUAAAAAUCGUUUUGGUCUGAGAUUAUUGUGUAUGACAGGAGAAAAACUGUCAUGUGAUGUUAACAGUGUUGAACCUUACAAAGAAAAAUUUCAAAAAGUUAUUCAAGAACUAUCAUUAACGCCUGAUCAAGUUUACAUCGCAGACGAAAGUGGUUUUCUUUUGCACCUUUUACCGAAAAAAACAUUUGUUCACCAUGAAGAAUUGAAUGCUCCAGGACGAAAAAUAAUCAAAGACAGAAUAACUUUUAUGCCUUGUUCAAAUGCAAGCGGAACUCAUAAAUUAAACUUAUUAGUUGUCGGCAAGGCAAAAAAUCCUAGAGCUUUUAAAAAUGUAAGUCUUCCUGUUGAUUACAAAAAUCAAAACAAAGCAUGGAUGACCAAGUCUAUUUUUGUCGAAUGGUUUCAUGAAACAUUCGUACCUUCAGUGGAAAAAUUUAACAAAAAACAAAACUUAUCUAAAAAUGCCUUGCUUAUUGUAGAAAAUUGCCCUGAUCAUCCUAUUGAUGAUUUAAAUCACAGUUUUAUCCGUGUUAUGUUUCUACCACCUAAUGUUACAUCAAUUCUUCAGUCAAUGGACCAAAAUGUUAUUCAAGCAGUUAAAAUGCACUAUAAAAAGAGUCUGUUGUACAAAGUCUUGUCUAAAGAUGACUGUGUGAUUAAAUCUUUAAAAGAAAUUAAUUUGAAGGAUGUAGUAUUUUCUCUUGCGAAUGCUUGGUCAAAUGUAAGCAAAAAGAUGAUUGUUUGUUCGUGGAAAAAUUUGUGGCCAAACAUGUGUUUAUUUGAACAAUACGAAAAUAACACUGUUCUCAAUCUAAAAGAUAAUGAAGAUAAUUUUAGUACUGAGUUAAAUCAGCUACAAGUUUCGAUUGCAGAAAAACUCGUGGGCACAACAGACGAACUAAAAGCAGACGAUAUAAGGAAAUGGAUUGACGGCGAGGAAGAAGAAAAAAACCAGUUCUUGACAAAUGAUGAUAUAAUCGAGGAAGUGAUGGCCAAAGAAAGGGAUAAUGAUGGAAAUUAUGAUGAUAAAGAAGAAGAAGUAGCUGUUCAAACUAUAAGUCACUCCACUGCAAUAAAUUCCUUUACUACGUCCAUUACAUGGGCAGAAGAGAACGGAGUAGAUGCAUGUGAUAUUUUGGUGCUUCAACGACUACAAGAAAAAGUAUUAAAAGCAUCACUUCAAACAAAAAAAUAAACAAAACUUAAUUAUUUUUUAAAACCUGUCCAAU